UUUGCGAAAACUCGACAGGGUUAUGUGCUUUUUUCCCUCGGAUGCACUGGCUCGGAUGAACUGACCUAGUUUUGAAUCUGAAUUUGCAGCUACCUCAAAGAUUGUCAUAAUUCCGGGCCUCGGUUAUCGUUCGGGUUGGAUCAUACAUUCUGCAAGUGUACUGAAAAUGUUCUCCAUCCUUCCCAUCAUACUUGCUUUGUUCAUUGAUAACACCAUACUAGCAUACUGCGCUAAGUUGGCAAGCCUUUCAGCGAUAAAUGUUUAAUCAUUACGAUCACCCAACCGUCCUGGGUAAUAAAAAAAUACCUUGAAGUUUUUGUUGAAAAUCACUUUGGAACAAUUGGUUAAACAGUAUUUUCAUAGUACCAACAACGGAUGAUAUAUGUGAAUGGUUUUGGAUAAACAUUAUACCUUAACGAGCAUAUUUCCUACGAUAUUUGAUGAAAAUCUUAAAACAUUUCACAUUAAUCCGUGCAUUAAGACUGUUGCGGCAUGCUAGAAGGUUUUAUGAAACACCGAACCAGCGUGCUAAUACCGACGCACAGAGGCUUAUUUCUUUGUUUUUGAAAUAAUCCAGAUAAGCAUAAAAACUAAACGUCCUUAUCUUGCACGACACAAUCAAUCCAGUCCAGCAUGAGCUAAUGUUUAUGUAUAAACCCAUAUCUAUAUACGGUGCUUAGCUGGUGUUUUGACGCCUGCUUCCCACUUGCAUGCGGCAUCCUGCCCGACGGAGACAGCGAAUGUACGGAAUUGACUUUCACAACCAGCACGUCUGCCAGCAGGAGAUGUUUCCGUUCAGCUUAACCGCUCCGGUCGAAGAUUAAUGAAAUAUCGUGCAAAAGUUGAGCCACCGAAAGCCACUCUCCUGACACUCUGACACGCCGUUAGGGGGUUGAGGGAGAAGCUUUUGCAGGAUUUGUCAGCAGUGGCACACUGGGAAGUCGGUCAGUGACCAAAGUCUCGCCUUUCAUAAACUUUCAACCCCGACUAGGGUGUAGAUUGUGUAUAAACAUGUAUGUGUGUGGAUGUGUGUUCGUUUGUAUACUAGUAGAUCGUGUGAGAGUGUUAUGCUGUGCCGUCUAUACCGGCAAAACUUCUGUCCGAGCUUCCCUCGACUGGCCGAAGUUUGAAGUGACCGGAAGUGGUGAAAUUGAAAAGAGUCGAGCCGAGAGCCAGCAGCAAGAAGCCGGUUAGAAGCUGCCUUGCUAUUUAUCAACACCACGUGCAAGCGGAAAAGUGGACCCGGUAAGGCCGGUGGGCAUUAAGGAUUGUUCAGCAGCCUGGUGCAGAAGCUGGCGGCAUCUAGUUUGAUAGCGAAGCACUGUACUAUCAGUGUCGUCGCUGCCGCCGUCGUCACAGUCGCCAUGGAUUGGGUGUUGUUGCACAAACGGUUCAAGUGGUUUACACCAGCAAUUUACACCCUCACACUAACUGCUCGACUUGGUACGGGGCCGCCACGCAACUGAGAAUCGAACAGCUGCAGCAGCAGCGAUAUAUGAACGGCCCGUGUGAAGUGAGGACAGGGAAAAGGUUAUGAAAUACAAACAAGAAAGCACACAACAAUGGCAGAAAUGCCGUCUUACCAUCAUCGUGAGCCAACGGUACGGCAUGUUGACAGCAAGAAGCAGAACGGUGAAGUGUUGGAGAAUUGAAAUGCUGUGCAUCGUCUCCGAGUAACGAGUGAACCGGUGAAGAUUAGCUGUGCUCUACUGUAAUGUGAAAGUUUGUGUACGAUAACAUGAGCGUGGCGAUUCGAAAUGAAAUCGCUAGCUGUGGUAUUUUUUAUCGAGUGAAGUGUGUGUAUUAGUGUGUGAGAUUGUGUUCGUUUAAAGCGGUAAGGGCGGAAAGGGAGAAAAAACCCAAGCACACCUACAAAUACACACCAACUACAGCCAUGAACACAGUGGGAAGGUUUUGUUCUAGAAUUAAUUUGUGAAUGGGUGCUGCUAUAUUUUUUAUCACCAGUCACAGUGUGGUGCAAUAGAUAAAAAAUAAAACCACAAACGCGACACAACGCAGCAUAAAAACACGCGGGCAGCGGCUACAGCACCGAGCCAUCGGAUGACAUUGCAGAGGUAUACUGGAGCAGGAAGGAGCUCUUAUCAAGCACAUCAACACUUUUCCAUUGGCAGUUUGUCGGGACUAGAAAUUGGAUCAUUCUGUGCAACGCCGCUACGCUUAGCAGGCUUGGCCACUGGUUCUACCCUGAUUGGUUAUUGCCGGGCUGCACAAUCAUUUCAUCUGCUCGCAUAAAGCAAAGGCGUUUCGCAAGUAUCUCGCGAAAUUGAGGUUGCGACCGCUAUUUUGCAUUCUACUUGUUUCACACAUCGGAGCCCACCGGAGUGACGAACCCCCUCAUGACGGCAACGGUGAAUCCGGUGAUCAAAGUGCCGGUACUGGAAAAACCACUCAACUCCGUCCCGGUGGUCGAGAUUGGCAGCGCAGCGCACCUGCAGCUUGUCCCGCCUGCCCGGGCAAUCAACGGUGCAGCAUCAGCAGGUGACACGGCUGUCGUCAGCAACCGCAGCUCCAGUGGCAAUCAUUUUUAGAUUCUUUCACUUCCGAGAGCCACAGUGGCAGAGUGAGAGCAAACGCAGCUUCGCCACAGUGACAUUAUUAGGGUGCCACGAGAGGGAUAACGAUGAUACAGUAAUUCAAUCAAGCCGCUUGCUGUUUCGGUCCGUUUUUUUUUCUUCUUCGCGACCGGGGACAGAGUGCAAUCGCGUGAAGGGAGCUGAACCUGUGCGACUGUUGUAGCUGUUGGUGCCAUAUGUUGCUGGUGCCGUUUGGUGUCUAGUAAAGACGAAGAAGGCCAAAAGAAGGAUAAAAAACUGCCUAGUGUAGCAUUUUGAGGAGCCCGAUGGAGAGUGCUUGAUGCUGCUCUCAGCCAAUCACUGCAGGAGUAAUUCAAUAAAUAUACUGUACAAGAUACUCGAACGCAACGAACGAACGCGUGCGAUGCUGGAGCACCCUUAGGCUACAAUUUCCACCGUCCAGAUGUGCUAGACAGGACGGAGCGGGCUAAAGCAAAAAGCAUAGAGGAAACAGCACCAAUUGGCCUCAGUGCCCUUGCAAAGCACGCUCGAUACGGCUCGAUCGAACACGAGUGGGUGGAUAGAUACGAGCAGCUUCACCUACAAAUAGCAUUUAGUGCAAUCAUCUGUUAACCGACCAAAGAGGCCGCGAGAGCGAGCGAAAGGGAGAGCGGCGAGCCAAAAGAAAAAAAAACAGAAAAAAUCUGUGUACAUCUUUGCUGGAGUGCUGGUGCCACUAUUCCACCGUCCUGCCAUUCUCUAGCACUCACUAGACGCGGGGAAUGGGGGUCUGAUCCUCGGAGCAGCCCCCAGUUCCUGCCACGGUGCGUACGCGUCCGUGCCAGCUGCGUGUAUGGAUUCGGACACCGUCGCAUCCGCCAGCAAGCAUCGCACCGACGUUGACGGGGCCGGCCGGACGGACGGCGUGCCGGUCGCCCUAACCGUGGCCACGACGAUCGCCAACCUGCUGCUAGCCAGCCCGACUCCCGGCCUAGCCGCCACCUCCACGGCCACCGCCUGGGCCGUCACGACUGAAACUGCCGCCCAGCAGCCGUACCUCGUCUACGGCACGAACCUGAGCUCUCUAGCGUACCUGGAUGCGAAUACCACCGCGUCGCUCUACUCCCCGUUCCCGGUGGGCCCGUCCGCGUCGACGCCGGCCCCCACCGGUCCGCCGGACGUGACCGUCUCCACGAUCGUGAUCAGCAUCAUCCUGCUGGCCGUGAUCGUCGGAACCGUGAUCGGCAAUGUGCUCGUGUGCGUGGCCGUCUGUCUGGUGCGGAAGCUGCGCCGGCCGUGCAACUAUCUGCUCGUGUCGCUGGCCAUCUCCGACCUGUGCGUGGCCCUGCUCGUCAUGCCGAUGGCGCUGCUGUACGAGGUGCUCGAGGAGUGGCGCUUCGGCGAGGUGUUCUGCGACAUCUGGGUCGCGUUCGAUGUGCUGUCCUGCACGGCCUCCAUCCUGAACCUGUGUGCCAUCUCGGUGGACCGAUACUGGGCCAUCACGAAACCGCUCGAGUACGGCGUGAAGCGUACGCCGCGGCGCAUGAUCGCCUGCAUCGUGCUGGUGUGGCUGGCGGCGGCAUGCAUCUCGCUACCACCGCUGCUCAUCCUCGGGAACGAGCACGAGAUCAACGGGCAGCCCGCCUGCUCGGUGUGCCAGAACUUCUUCUACCAGAUCUACGCCACGCUCGGCUCGUUCUACAUCCCGCUCGCCGUCAUGCUGUUCGUGUACUUUCAAAUCUUCCGCGCCGCCCGGCGAAUCGUGAUGGAAGAGAAGCGCGCGCAGAAGCGACUCGAAAGUGCGAUCAACGGUGCAACGCAGGCCGUGGCGCUGGAAAAGAAGCCACCCGGCAUGGUCGGCGAAAAGGUCGGACCGCCGGGAAAGGUGACCACCAGCUCGCCCCAGAACAAGCGGCUCCGGUUUCAGCUGGCCAAGGAGCGGAAGGCAUCGACCACGCUCGGGAUCAUCAUGUCCGCGUUCACGAUCUGCUGGCUGCCGUUCUUCAUACUGGCGCUGGUGCGCCCGUUCAUGAAGGACGACCAUCGGACACUUUCGUCGUUCUUUCUGUGGCUCGGGUAUGCCAACUCGCUGCUCAAUCCCAUCAUCUACGCGACGCUGAACCGCGACUUCCGGAAGCCGUUCCAGGAGAUCCUGUACUUCCGCUGCUCGAGCCUGAACAACAUGAUGCGAGAGGACUUCUACCACAGCCAGUACGGUGAUCCGGGCUCGCAGCGGCUAGUGAUCACGAACGAUGGCGGUGCACGCGAGAGCUUUCUGUGAAGGCUGGUGGCGCAGUACGCGCGUGUGCAAGUUGCACGAUUGGCGCACGAUUGGGUGCGUCCAGUCGAGGUGCAAUGGUAAAGCAAAAGCGAACAAAAACAAACAUAACAAAACCAAAUACACUUUAAUGCAGGCAACAAUCACGAAACCUAGGGCAGGUGAACGUCUAGUUUAAUUUAGUCUUCCUUUUUGUACAUACAAACAUCUAACCGCUAGGAGUUAGUUCAUCAGAUCAUGCUUUCUCAUUCAUGUUUCCCUCGCCAUUGCUACGUCUCUGUCGAGUGGGCUAGCAUAACGAAAUAACAAACAGCAUCCAGUCAUCCAAAUUCACUUCCCAAUUCCCAAGGUCCCUCUGCCCAGUGCGCAGUACCGAAACGUGCACACAAUCAAAACACCCAAAACCAAAACGAAUCCACACUAUCCCCGUUACAUCCCAUGCUAGGCGUGCAGGAGAAUGUAAAGAUGUAUCACUGUUAGCUCGGGAAGAGAUUUGUCUGUUUCUGUGUUUUGUAUCGUAUGUGCAAGGAGUACGCAGCCCGUCACUACUAGAGCAAUGCAACGCCCAUAACAUUUAGCAAACACAGCAACACCGAUGUAUAUGUUUUGUGAUAUAAGAGAAUAUGGCUAGCAAGCAACCGUUUCGGUACAUGUGUUCCUUUCUGGGUGUGUAGUGCAUGUAUUGAAGAAGCAGCGACAAACAUGGCCCAAGGUCAUACAGGCUUCAGAGAAGACGCACACCUUUUCAAAACGCCUCCACACCCGAUGUGAAGGUCAGUAUGGCACGAAAACACGCAACCAGAGCAAACAGAGCAACAACUGCCCAACAAUCCGGAGGCAAUUUAUUCGUAUCGAUGUUUUGAGAAUUUGAUCGCUAGGAUCACGGUUCGAUCAAUGUGUGUGUGUGUGUGUAUCUGAAUGUACGUGUAUCUAUGAUCUGGUGCGUGUACUAUGUGUGGCAAGUCGGGCGGGUAGCAACCUAUGAAUGUUAGACUAGUUUCAGUGUUCUAUGUUUGACCGGCCGGUAUCGCACACAGCAGGAAAUGUGACAAAAGUUCAUUGAAUCGCAAAACCAGUAUUAACAAAAUCAUACACACCUGGAGGUUCGAAAUUGAAGUAAUCAUACAAUUGGACAGUUUUUUUUCUUCUUAUGCUAAUUAUAUGCAAUUGAUUUUCCAUCCUUCCUGUUAAAUAUGAUCAACUUGGCAACAAGAUCAACCUGCUCCGCACGUUACCAUGCUGGGUUUUGAUCAAUGUUUUCAUACUCACGAACAAAAAAACAACAAAUUGUUUUUCAAUCCAUGCCCAAGAGCAAGUUCAAAUUUCUUGAUAUUGUAGCAGCAUCCGCUAUUGGCAGUUUUCUACGAUCGUAUGUCUGUCACAGCCAUGAGCAAUAGAGACAUUAACCAAGACAGGAAAGUAACGGCUUUCUAUUGAAGAGCAGAACAACAAAUGGACAGCAAGCUAGUAAGGCAACAAAACCACAAAAUCGAACGGAAGCAGUAGACGUAAACCAAAAGUGUAAGAUACAAUUCUACUCAGUUUAGUUAGUUAGCUAUAAAUAUAUAUAUUAUAUACAGAUAUUUUCGGUUCUGUUUUCCCUGUGUAGUGAAAACAAACAGAUCAGUGGAGGAAAUAAAGAGCUACAAAAAUCGAUUGAGAGACGAUUAAAAUGCAGGAAA